AUGCUGAGCUUCAAGCCAUCUGAACCUUCGGCACCUCAUCCAAUUCCAGAUAGAAAUAUGCCAGUAAUGUUGGCAAUCAUUUUCUUCAGUCUCCAAGGACUACAACUUUUGAAAAAGUUGCAACUCUCCAAAGACGAACGUACGUAUCACGAGAAAUACAUAUGGGAUCUGUAUUUCAUAGACCGGGAACACUACUCGACAUUCAGGUCAACAGCAUACUUUAGCCGUGCAGGAGAAUUCUAUGAUUACGGAAAUAUCUCAGCUUGCUUUUUUGCGUUGGCUAGUUUGAUCACUCUACAGUCGGAUUUGAAAAGAUUGGACAGAACAAAAGUUAUGAGAUACUUGAAAAAGUGUCAAGUUGCUGAAGGACCAGGUAGAGGAGGGUUUGUUCCAUUUUACAACGAGUACGGCUUUGGGGAACCCGAUUUGAGACAGUGCUAUAUGGCUUUGCUUGUGCGGCAAUUGCUCCUUUAUCAAGGAGAUCUCAAGGAGAAUAUUGAUUUACCAUCACUACAGGACUUUAUCUUGAGCAGAUUAAAUGUAAACGGAGGGUUUAGCUCGAGGAUUUUGGACGAGGCACAUCUAGGUUUCACCUUUUGCGCUGUUGCGUCUCUCACAUUACUAGGAUAUCCAGUUGAAAAGCUUAACAAUACGCAAAGGUGGCUACUGCAAAGACAGAUAUCCUAUCCUCAACUGCUAUACGGUGACAACAUAUACGCCUACUUUAAAAAUCUGGACACUGGUGGAUUCAAUGGACGAGAUAAUAAACUUGGCGAUACUUGUUAUUCUUGGUGGUGUAGUGGCAGCUUAUACUUGAUGCUGCGAACAAACUUGUCACUUUUGGAUAUACCUCAAGCAGAGCUGUUUCUUUUGAAUUGUACGCAGAAUACGGUUAUCGGUGGUUUCUCGUCAACGUCGGAGUCAUCGCCAGAUCCCAUGCACUCCUGCCUAGCACUUGCAAGCCUAGCUUUAUGGGAUCACCAAAAUUACAAUUUAUCCGAAAUUGAUGCUGUGUUUGUGAUGGACAAAAGUCUGCUAGAUUUGUAUAAAUCUAAGAUGUCUUCGAUAGCAACUUCGAACUACACCCACCAUGACUCGCCAUCACUGGCCACGAAAUCGAGUCCUCUUGCAAAAUCACCCGAUGCAGCAGCUCAUUUAUUGGCAGGGGCAUCUGCUGGGCUCAUUUCCGCAAUUACAUUACAACCGUUCGAUUUGUUGAAGACAAGAUUACAGCAGCAGCAAUUUACUAGCAAGCAUGAAGUGAGAACAUCAUUAAUUAAGGAAUUGAGGAAAUUAACAAAAGUGAAGGAUCUAUGGCGUGGUACUUUGCCCUCCGCCCUUCGUACAUCAAUUGGUGCAGGGCUUUACUUUACAACCUUAUCCAAGAUGAGAUCUGCUUGGGCUACUUACAGAAAGGAGCAUAGUCGAGACGGAGCUGUUGACAUAAAAUCAGAAUCUUCAAUUUUGCCCAAACUAACACCAAUGGAGAAUUUAACCACCGGAUUUGCUGCCAGAGCAAUCGUUGGUUACAUAACCAUGCCUAUAACUGUCUUGAAAACGCGGUUUGAAAGUAAUUUAUACAAUUACAAUUCGAUGUAUGAGGGGGUUCUGGGUGUUUAUUUAGACAAAACCGGUUUGCAACCAGAAGGAAUGUCCUCGUCUCAAAAUCAAGGAUCAAUAAAGAACUUCUUUCGAGGCUCUACAGCUACUUUGAUACGAGAUUGUCCAUAUGCAGGACUAUAUGUUUUAACUUAUGAACUGUUUAAAAAUGAUUUGUUGCCAACGUUGAUACCCCGGCAUCUAGGAGGGGAUUAUCAUGCUGGAUUGAUUAACUCAACAGCUGCAGUGUUGGCGGCAACUACUUGCACGACGAUUACUGCUCCGUUUGAUGCUAUCAAAACGAGGCUACAAUUGACCAAUGGGGGGUCAUUCUGGAAGACCGUGAUGACGUUGUUGCAUGAAGAAGGCGGGGUAAAGAACUUGUUCAGAGGGUUGAGUUUAAGGUUGGGGAGAAAAGGUGUAAGCGCUGGAAUUAGCUGGGAUCCAAACGUUGCAUCAGCAGCUUUAACCAAGAAAGUUGAAUUUUUAGAGUCCAAAGGGUUGAAUCAGGAGGAGAUUGAGGAAGCAUUAAAGAGAGUCAAUGAACCUCCAUCAUCAUCGUCGUCGUCAUCAACUAGUGUCACUCCAUCAAGUAGUAACACAACAAGCACCUCACUUCAACAGCCCCCGCAACAGUUGCCCAUUGAUUACUACAACGUCGCGCCGCCUGUUCCUGAGAGAUCAUGGAAGGAUUAUUUCAUCAUGGCCACAGCGACCGCCGGAGUCACAUAUGGGUUGUAUCAAGUAGUGACCAAGUAUCUUGUGCCAUCGAUUAUUCCUCCAAGCCAGUCCUCUAUUGAACAAGAUAAGGAAGUUAUCAAUGAAGAGUUUAUAAAGAUAGACAAGAUUUUGGAACAGUUGUCAAAAGAGCAGGAGGAGAUUAAAACUGCCAACGAGGAGAAAUUGAAAGAUAUUGAUACAGUUAUUGAAAAUAUCAAUGAUUUCUUGGCCAGGUACAACAAGGAUAAGUUUAACUUUGAUGAUAAUUUGAAGUUAAUGAGGUUGGAGAUUGAUAACUUGAGUAAUUCGAUUGAGAAGAAUAUGAAGUUGAACAAGGAGGAUGUAAAUUAUGAACUAGUUGGUCUUAAAGACGAGUUGCAAAGUUUGAAGAAUUUGAUUCAAGUGAGGGCAACCAGCUCAUCGAGUGCUGGUGUUGCUGCUGCUGCUGCUGCUGUAAAUGGCACUUCGAGUCCUGCAGGUAGAAACAUUGCUCCAGUGUCGUCGAUUCCAUCCGCGAGUGAAAUAUUGAAACGUGCAAAAGCAAAGAAUGAGGCGCCAGCCACGAGUGGUUCAGUCCCAACUGAAAAACCUUCAGCACUGGCAGAUGAACCAACAACGAGUACGCCCUCUUCAACACCAGCUGCCAAGGAAGAGUCACAUGUUCCUGAGUUACCAGCAGGCCGCAUGGGAGGCUGGUCAGUAGGCAAAGUUGCGUCAGCUGGAAUUCCUGCAUGGCAAAUGAAACACAGAGAAGAGGAACUUGAGGGAGACUCGAAGGACAAUGCAAGCUUACCUUCUUCGAUUCCUGCCUGGCAGAAAGAUCAAGCCAAAUCUGAAGCUGAGAUCAACGAUAAGAUCAAGAGUGCAGGAAUACCACCAUGGCAACUACCUUCCUCCUCCAGCAAUUCGACAGGGAAAACAGAAGAGAAAACAGAAAAGAAAGACACUGCCGUCCCUCUGUGGCAAACUGCAGCAUCCACUACUAAUAGAAAAGUGGAGUCUGUUCCGUUUGGUCAACAGUUGGAAGUGAUUAAUAAGAUCAUUCUCAACAACUCGAAAAACCAGCAUCAAACUGCCAAAUAUCAACAGACCUAUCAAAAUAGAUUCAACCACCACAACAAUAAUACAAACAGGGGUAACCAUGGUCAUCACGGGUACAACAACCAUCACCAUCAGAUGCAACAGCAGAACAAGUACGCUUUGGCCGCUGUCGCUGCAGCUGCAGCCGUUCAGCACCAGCAACAACAAACAUUUUUGUUGCAGCAACAGGCUGCAUUGGCAAAGAAGCAGCAAUAUGAGCAGCAGCAACAAAAGCAGCAAUUGCAGCAACAACAAUAUCAAUAUCACCAAAUUCAAAAGCAGCAACAACAUCAACAACAGCCGCAACAGGCACAUCUGCAGUUCCAGCAGCAGUCGCAACAUAUCAAAGGAAAUCAAUUUUUUCCGCCCCAACAGAAAUUUCAAGGGUAUGUUCGUCCAGCUCAGGAGCAAGGUUUCACUUCUUACAACGUUCAGCAUCCUCAGGUAUUUACCCAGCCUCCACCUCAGGUGUUUGGCGAUGUGCAGAACUCGUCGUUGCUUGAUCAAAACACAACUGGAGGCAGUGGUCAAUCACAGUUUAAUAACAACUUUUUGAUGUCUAACGGAAGUUCGAAUUCCAUCAAUUCUUCGACAUCUUCUUCAAACUCAACGCCAACCGGUUAUUCUAGAGUGUUUGACUCUGGUUCGGCAAAGAGUUUUGAAAAUAGAGGUUCUAUUGACAGGAACUCGCCGCCAAGUUUGUUUUUAUCUACAAAUAUACCUUCGAUGACCCUGGCGCCGUUUCUGAAUUCGCCAACUUUGGCAACUACUCCUACUCAGAGCAAUAUUUGGAAUGGGACCAGCAAUAGUAGCUCUAUUGCAGCGAGUGGAACCACCACGUCUGCGACAGGGUCAGGGUCGGGAUCAAUUUGGGCGAAAAAUACCGAUGGAGCUGGUCUAUUCAGUACCAACAGAAGUGCUACUAUGAACAGUGGCCCUAUAUCUAUCACGGGGUCUAAGAUCUGGUAG